CUUCUGUCUUUAGUCGAUCCCUGCUUGUUGAUUUUACUUUUUAAAUCCAAGAAAUGUUUUUUUGUCUAAAUAGCAAGGCUUAGGAGCCUGCUCUCGCCGUUGGCUUCCUUCCUCGAACAACCUUCUGCCGAGCACCACCUUUGCAGCGAUGGAGACCCCUACGAAGCUACCUCCGUCGAGCCCAUCAUCGCCGACCACGGGCUUCUCUGUACCGAGCGCGGAGAAGGUAGACGGCUUCCCCCGCCGCUCGAUGCGUCGUGCCCGGCAGCGACGGUCCCAUAGCUCCUCACAGUUCCGCUAUCAGAGCUCCCAGGUGGAGCUCACGCCGCUGCCCUUACUUAAAGAUGCUCCCGUGGCAGAAAUUCAUGACUUGUUCUGUAAGAAGCUGCAGCAGUGUUGUGUGCUUUUUGACUUUCUGGACUGUGUGGCCGACCUGAAGGGAAAAGAGAUCAAACGUGCUGCGCUGAACGAGCUUGUGGAGAGCGUGGCCACCAGUCGCGGAGUCCUCAUCGAACCCCUGUACCCAGAGGCAAUUAAGAUGAUCUCAGUGAACAUUUUUCGAACUCUCCCACCCAGUGAGAACCCUGAGUUUGAUCCGGAAGAGGACGAACCAGCUCUGGAAGCCUCCUGGCCUCACUUACAGUUGGUGUAUGAAUUAUUUUUACGCUUUCUUGAGAGUCCAGAUUUCCAGCCUUCUCUUGCCAAGCGCUACGUGGACCAGAAGUUUGUUCUACAGCUGCUGGAGUUAUUUGACAGCGAGGACCCCAGAGAGAGAGAAUAUCUGAAGACUAUCCUGCACCGUGUCUAUGGCAAACUUCUGGGCUUGAGGGCCUACAUCCGCAAACAGAUCAACAACAUCUUCCUCAGGUUCAUCUAUGAAACUGAGCGUUUCAAUGGAGUUGCUGAACUUCUGGAAAUUUUGGGAAGUAUCAUAAAUGGCUUUGCUCUGCCUCUCAAAUCAGAGCACAAGCAGUUCCUGGUGAGGGUCCUGAUCCCCCUGCACACUGCCAAGUCUCUCUCCAUUUUUCAUGCACAGCUGGCUUACUGUGUGGUGCAAUUCAUGGAGAAGGAUGCCACAGUUACAGAACAUAUCAUCAGGGGGCUGCUGAGAUACUGGCCCAAAACAUGCACUCAGAAAGAGGUGAUGUUCCUGGGGGAGAUCGAGGAGAUUCUGGACGUGAUUGAACCGUCUCAGUUUAUCCGUGUGCAGGAGCCUCUAUUCAAACAGAUUGCUGCAUGUAUCUCCAGCCCUCAUUUCCAGGUUGCAGAGCGGGCUCUGUAUUUCUGGAAUAAUGAGUACAUUCUGAGUCUAAUAGAGGAGAACUGCCAGGUCAUCCUGCCUCUGGUCUUUGGCACGCUGUACAGAGUUUCCAAAGAGCACUGGAACCAGACGAUCAUCUCUCUUAUUUACAAUGUGCUGAAGACGUUCAUGGAGAUGAACAGCAAGCUCUUUGAUGAUCUCACUUCCUCCUACAAAGUGGAGAAACAGAAAGAGCUGAAGAAGGAGAGGGAGCGAGUCGAGCUGUGGAGAGAUUUGGAGGAUCUGCAGGAGAGGCGGCUGCAGAGUUUGACCGAGGCCAGCAGAAACCAGAAGAACCUGCAGGAGAGAGAGAACACAACCAAGAGCCAGUCAGAGACCAGCGCUGCCAACACCACCUAGAAACCACACACGCACACACACACAUAAAAUAUCUCAGCACUGUAAAACACAGUAAUUACCUGACUUGGGAACCAAUCAAUGCCUCAAUCUCGGUCUGAAAACACACACGCACAUCAUGCAGACACUACCGUCACAAGCACAUGAACGACAGCCUGUCCAUAUGUAGAUAUCUGAAAAACACUGAAGCACACAUCACACACGAGUGAGAUAUAAAAGAGAAAAAAAUGAGUACUUCUCACAUGCGUCCUACUAUUUCAUAUGCUUCAUACACGCUUUUCACACACCUGCCUCUCUGCGUCUUUUCUUUCUAUUCCUACACGAACCGGGAUCAUCAACAUUACCAUGCGAAACAUACCUGCAUGGGGUGACACACAUGCGCACACUCGCAAUCAAACACAUCCUUCAUUACUGUCAUUCCAGAACUGCCUCUGUUUCUCUUGGGCCCGAUCUGAGCCCCCCGUCAGUCAACCAACAGACUCUGCAUACUGUCAAACGCUGAAGAGGAAUGAAUUAUGAUGAUCCUAAAGAUGAAAAUUCUACAGAUUCUAAUGUUCCUACUUCUACAGCUUAUUCUAUGAGUACUACUUCUAUGCUAAUAUAACUGAUGUUUUUAUAUAUAUAUAUAUAUAUAUAUAUCUAUAAAUAUGAUAUCUAUGUCUGAUUAUAGUGUUGGUGGGGGUAUUCUAGUGUAGCACCUCAUAAACAUGACUGAAGUAUGCUGCUAGGUAAAACUAAACUUGCUCUGAAGUGACAACACUUUAGUCUGUUCUUAUGUUUUUUUAUUAUUUUUUUUACAUUCAAAAUAUUUUAAUUUAGCAAUAUUGUCAUCUGUUUUGAAUAAUGUGUGU